AUGCUCAGUGCAUCUUCGGCCAACAACCACUCUCUUUUCUCAUUCGGUCGGAAUGGCGACGCGAAUGAAGUAGGAGAGUCGACUAAUUCCUACGACUUUCUGCCCUCGGUCAGCUUCGACGACCUUCAAAGCAGUCUCGAAUCCGCCUCCAACGAUUUCAAAUUGACCCAGUUCCCGUCCCCGACCGGUCAAGGCGGUAUUUUGGACACACAGGGCAUGGCCGACAAAAUGGCCGGGGGUUCCAACACGACCCAGAAUGGCGGUCCCGCGCGCCCUGGGAAUGCAAUUCCCCAGACCGCGACCCGCCCUGGCAGGUCUGGUUCUAUCCUCAGAAGACCUAGUACUUCUUCCAACAGGCAAGCCAGCAUAUCUUCGACCGCCUCUGGCCCAUCUUCUGUCGCCGAUCCCUCAAAUGGCCCUUCAGCCGCAAGGCCCCGGCGCCAGAGCCAUUAUCCUCCAGUAUCAAACACGAAUAUCGCGAAACCAACCAGAAAAUCCAUCGGCUCAGGUGCCAUUGAAACGGACUCCGGCAACCGCACUGCGCCGCGCAGGAGACCGAGUCUGAUCGGCAACGCUGGUGGUGGAGCCGAUUCCACUCGGGCCUCGAUCGAUGGCAGUUCCGGCGCUGGAUUCGAGACCCCGAGAAGCCUCACGAACAACAGAGCGACCAAAGCGAAAUCGAUGCACCAAGCACUUCCUCGGGCAAACACUGCCAAUCUCUCGACUCCCGACAGCAGUCGUCUCUCUACGAUGUCACCCCGCUCACCGCGUGGUGGCAGCAAGGGAAAUAACAACGGUUCGGCCCAGUCUAGACGGCAGUCCGUCAUGCCCGGAAUGUCGCACGCAUCGCACGCAAGCGGACUCGGCGCCAGGACCAUCAGUCCGACGGACACGCGAAGAAUGAAGCGCAUGUCCAUGCACCACGUCCCGAGUCUCAGCCAGUUGGCGAACGCGCCGCCUCCACCACCGCUCGAGCACCGAGAACACUCUAGAUCUCCCUCCAUGAUACCCCGAAAGACCUCUGCAACCCCGUCGUCAUCUCGGACGACCCCCGACCUACACAGAAAGUCGUACAGUUCGGGGUUGUCCAUCAUCUCGACAAACAGCUUCAACACUGUGAGAACCUCGACUGGUUCAUCAAUUCAACCCAGAGCACCCGCUGCGGGAGCCGCGUCGCGUCUACCAGCACCCAAAACAUUUACCCCACAUAACCACAACUCCCAUUCGGCUGAUGACGAACAGGACGUUCCGCCCGUGCCUGCUAUUCCGAAAGCGUACGAAUCACCACAGCAGUCAGCCACCGACGGGUCGUUUUUGGACAAGCGGAAAGCCAACCUCGCUGCCGAUGCUAGCAGCAUCAAUAGUAACUCCACUGGCAGCUUCUCAAUCCCCUCGCUUCCCGAACCCGCUGUCAAGGUUGCACGAAAGGCUAGCACCCGGAAAUCGACGAAUGCAGCAGCCCUGGACGCCGAAAAGAAGGGCAAUCCUACCCAAACGAGGAAGAACCCCCCUCCUGUGCGACUGCCCCCACUUACUGUUGGGCCUCUGAACCCAUCUACAACAGCCAAGAUCGCGGCACUGGGUCAGAAUGGUCCCGACAGAAACUUAAGCCCGCCCCCUUCGCGUGUAGCAGCAAAGACGCCUACGACUCCCAUGACCGCCUCUAAGAGCUCCUUUUUCUCAAGGAACAGGCAGGACGACAAGGGAGAUUUCAGCUUGCGAAGCAGCAGCACUGUUCACCACGCCCGCCUUGACAGUUCAUCUGGUGCCGACGGCACGAGCUCGUCCGAGUCAUUCGAAGCAGUAUCGAAGCAGCCGGCCAGCAAGCACAGUGUGUCUCCCUUCCUCUCUUCCUCAUUGCCCAAGGGAGGAGCCGAUCCUGCAUUCCUCAAGAGAUCAAAGACGGGCGACUUGGGCAACACCACAGAGCCUCUUGACCUUAAGCCCGUCCAGAAGCCUUCAGGCCCCCGUGCCCCUCGCCCACCGAAGCCGAAAUCGCCGACUCCACCGAUUUCCGACCCCGAGGAACCGCCUACGCCAUCCUCGAUGAGCUCUUUGCGUAGGAAACUGAGCUUGUCGUGGAAGCGUGGAAAGAACGAUUCGAAGUCCGCGCAAGACAAGACCCUCGAACGCAGCAUUAGUAAGGAGCAGAUGCCUCCUCCGCGGCUACCAAUCUCGGUAACUGUCGGCAAUCUUGGCUCGGCAAAGAACAGUCCCAGUCCCUCUGUAAAGUCCAAGGCUAGCACGUCUUACCUGGAUUCGCGGAGAAGGAAGAGCUCGGCGGCAAGCUUGGGCCAUGACAGGACUAAAAGUGAAAACUGGACUUCAGCUUCCGUCCCUAAGGCUCAUCCGGAGUCCACUCAACCUCACAAUCCAUCUGUCAUGCAGAAGAUAUUGCGCCCGAAAGCGUCGGCAACUGCAAUGCGACACCAGGAUCCGUGGACGGCGGAUCUCGAUAAGGAUGAUCUUGUUGCAGAGGAAGAGAUGAAGAAGAUGGGUGCCCGGAGGAAGGAGACUGAGAUUGCGGCUAGGACCCUGGACGCUUUGAGAAAGCGUGCGACACCCAAGGAGCGGGUCGGUGCUCAGGAGGCUAUCCGAAUCGCCAUGCUCAACAUUUACGAACGAGGCGAGAUCGUCGACUACAAUGAUGUCUACUUCUGUGGAACUCAGAACGCCCGCAAGGUUGUUGGUGACCUUCAGUCCGACGCACCCAACUUUGGCUACGAUGACGAUCGCGGAGAUUACAGUAUUGUUCCGGGCGAUCAUCUCGCCUACCGGUACGAAAUCAUUGAUGUGCUUGGUAAGGGAAGCUUUGGACAGGUUGUCCGAUGCAUUGAUCACAAAACAGGCGUGCUUGUUGCCGUCAAGAUCAUCCGCAAUAAGAAGAGGUUCCACCAGCAAGCUCUUGUCGAAGUCAACAUUCUGCAAAAGCUUCGCGAAUGGGACCCCAAGAACAAGCACAGCAUGGUCAACUUCACUCACAGCUUCUACUUCAGAGGACAUCUUUGCAUUUCUACCGAACUCCUGGACAUGAAUCUUUACGAGUUCAUCAAAGCAAACGCGUUCCGUGGAUUCUCCCUGAAGCUCAUUCGCCGCUUCACGAAACAGAUGCUCAGCUCGCUCAACUUGCUCAAGCAGCAUAAGGUUAUCCACUGCGAUCUCAAGCCGGAAAACAUCCUGCUACGGCACCCAAUGCAUUCGGAAAUCAAGGUUAUCGACUUCGGCUCUAGCUGUUUCGAGAACGAAAAGGUGUACACCUACAUUCAAUCACGUUUUUACCGAUCUCCCGAGGUCAUAUUGGGCAUGACGUAUGGCAUGCCCAUCGACAUGUGGAGUUUGGGAUGCAUUCUAGCCGAGCUGUACACCGGAGUCCCUAUCUUCCCGGGUGAGAAUGAACAGGAGCAGCUAGCGUGUAUCAUGGAAGUAUUUGGCCCACCCGAGAAACACCUCAUCGAGAAGAGCACUCGCAAGAAGCUCUUUUUCGAUUCCAUGGGCAAGCCGCGCCUUACCGUAUCUUCCAAGGGACGCAGGCGUCGUCCGUCGUCGAAGACCCUCCAACAGGUCCUUAAGUGCGACGACGAGGCGUUCAUCGACUUCCUUUCCAGGUGUCUGCGGUGGGACCCUGACAGGCGUCUCAAACCAGAAGAAGCUAUCCAUCACGAGUUCAUCAGCGGCAAGAAGAUGGGUGCGCCUCUCCCACGGAUUCCGACGACCCGCGAUGCGUCUCCGGCGAAACGUCACACUACUUCCGCCGCGCCGCGUCCCCUCCCUGAACCUCCCGCCGCUGGCUUGAGAAGCAACCCUGGAUCAAGACACGUGAGUGGCGCCAGUCCUCAUAAGCCAGUCUCAGGCCAGGCCUCUCGCAGACCCUCAGUAGCGACUGCUGGGACUGUCCACGUCGCUACAGCCAAACGCACGAGCACUGGACAAGGUGGUAUCACCGUCGGUACCAGCAAUCUGCCUCGCGCAGCGAUUAGGAGCGUGAGCGCCAAGCAAGAUCUUGCCUCAGUCGGAGCCAACGUGGCCAUGAGCCGAAGAGGAUUGUAG